AUACGAGUGGCGGACCUAUACUAGGUAUUUUUAAACAUACAGACUGGAGUCACCACAAGCAUUAUUCUACUUUCCAACGACAUCCAGUACGAAAACGAGGAACCUUUACCUCAUUGAACGCCAAGGCUUCUUUUUUUAGGACAUAUCUUGAAGAAGGACUUGAACAAAAUGUCUACCAAUCUCUGCGUUUCAGCCAAAGACCUUGGAGCACUAGGUACCUGGCGUGAAGAAGAACCGUUACAGUUACAUAUUUCUCGUCGUCCAUCCACUGCAAUAUCGGCGUUUCCGUUAAGUACGAGUACAACAAGCUUGGCGGCUUCUUCGACUGCCCUGGAUUAUGGCGAACACUUAAAGGGUGGCCCAGGGGUUCUCCCUCAGAGUGUUUCGGGUAUUGUCGCUGGAAAGGAACAACGGUUUGACGUUCAACCACGUGUGACUAAGUCAGCAUAUUGUCGACGACGGUCACUAGCCAGAGCAAUCAAGCAAGGAAACAAGGGGGAAGGGCUGAGGAAGAAGGUCGCAAAGGCUUUGGAGUGCCAUGGCUCUCCGACUACAAUCGAGGUAGAUGAAGAACAUACACAACCGAAUCAACCUGACUAUACUAAGGUUGAAGAUGAAGAUUCAUCCUCCAUCGUCUGUGCCAUAGACAUACGACUAAAUGACGAUACCAGUUCCGGCAACAUUGAACAGAGCAGCCGAAUCGAAGAGUCACCAGCGAGAAACCCGUCCACUUCACCUACUUCUUCACCACCGGCUGAUCCUCUCCCACCCAUAAACAACGACAACAUGACCUCGUCUUCCUCCCAUGGCCGCCCCACGUCGUCCAAGUCCACCUCCCAGUUAAAUCCUGCCUCGUCCUCCUCCUCUCCCACACCAAGAUCUCCCAUCCCAUUGUUGAAAUCCACCACCACCACCACCACCACCACCAAAAUCUCAAUACCAACCAUACCCUCCUCCUCAGAUAAACAUGAAGAUAAAGACAAAAAUGAUCAAGAAAAAGAAGACCAAAUCGACGACAAAGACGACUGGCACCAGAUCCACGAACCCGAACAACGUCGACGCAUCCAAAACCGCAUCGCCCAGCGCAAGUUCCGCGCAAAAGCUCGCUCGCUGAAGGAUCAAGCGGCAAGGGACGCGCAGAAUAGGCGGUAUGCCGGGUGUGCGUAUACGUGUCCGGAAGUAGGAGAUUUACCUGUUGAGUAUGACAUCAGGGAGGAAGAGGAGGAGGAGGAGGAGGGCAAGGGGUACGACUUUGAGGGUGGUGGUGGUGAAAAUGGGCAAGAGUUGGGGGGGAUAGGGGGAGAGAGGGUCCUCUCGGGGUUACCGUGGGGUGGACUGAGCAUGAGGUUUGUGGUCGGUCGAGGACACGGGUAUUAUCAUUACCAACAAACGUCAAAGGGAUCAGGAGGAUCAGGAGGAUCAGGAUCAGGAUCAAGGUCUGGGUCUGGGUCUGGACCGUCUGGGACGGGUACGGGGACAGGAACGGGGACAGGAACGGUGACGUCGCUACUAUCCCCUGCGAUCACGGGUUUGGGUACGCCUACUACGCCUGUGCCUGUGCCUACAGGGACUACUAGCGAUGGUGAUGCCUGGCCUGCUUUGCUGCAGCAGCAACAACAGCAACAGCAACGACAUCAGCAACAGCACCCACGAUCGGCUACAUAUUACGGACAGCACGCGAGUGGGAGCAGUGCAGGGUCGCCUUUGUCGCCAUACGGAAUGAUGAUGUCUAUGGGUAUGGGCUUUAUGGGUAGUAGUGAUAUGGAUAUGGAUGUGGAUUAUCCUAUGGCGGCGGUAACUCCGGAAAGUGGAAGUGGAAGUGGAAGUGGUGGUCACGGAAGUUCCCUGGGGGUUGGUGAUGGUAUGGAUAUGACGUAUUAUGAUUCAUCGCCGUAUUAUUACGGCACGUACGGCUAUGGAAGUGGUGGUAGUGGUGGAGGUGACACGGCGAGCGGCAGUGGAGGCAGUGUCUAGGGACUGGACUUGUGAGUCUGUGGCUGGAUGGCAAGGCUGUAGGAAUUCUCUUCUCUAUCCUGUGAGUUGUGUGUCUUGAUGAUGGUUGGCCAGGAUACGGGGUUUCUCAUGACUGAUUUCACUUCUUUUUCUUGUACACAGUGCAGUGUAUACCCUUCAGCGAUUUUUAUUAUACCCAAUUUGUGAUUGACAAUGUAGAUCCGUAGAAUUUACGGGUUCCCCCAUGACGGUUUCUAUUCUGCCUGCCCGGAGGGUGGUUAGUCGCCGCCAUUAGUGUCGAAGCUUGCAGUCUAUGCUUUAUUACCACAUUGGCCUCUGGUAGCCUACCAAGUACACCACAUCCAACAUCUCAUUCUUCUAGAAGGCUUGGAAAGCUUCCAUGACACGGGCACACGGCUCGGAUAGGACCCCCAACAUGUUGUUGCAUACGCUGUAGGGACCUGCAUCAUAGCCGAGUUGGUAGCGAAUCCUUGUACAGUAGAUGACCUUGAUAGUACAGGCCUGAAAAACGAUCAAGGUAGGUAAGGCGAGGCGAGUUGAAGCAAGG